AUGUACAAGCUUCUCGGUUCUUUUGCUGUCGCCUCUUUGGCAUCUGGUGCCAUUGCCUCGCCGGCCGACCCUGCCAUCACUGCGUCGCCGUCGUUGAACAAGCGGGCUGAUUCUUGCACCUUCUCUGGUGAGGAUGGCGCUGCCUCUGCCAGUGCCUCGCAGGCCUCAUGCGCUACCAUUACCUUGUCCGAUGUUGCAGUUCCCUCUGGCACUACCCUUGACCUGAGCGACCUUGAGGACGACACCACUGUCAUCUUCGAGGGCACCACCACCUGGGGCUACAAGGAAUGGGAAGGCCCUCUCCUCCAAAUCAAGGGCAAGGGCAUCACCGUCAAGGGGGCCUCCGGCGCAAAGCUGAACGCCGACGGAGCCCGCUGGUGGGACUCUGAGGGCAGCAACGGCGGCAAGACGAAGCCCAAGUUCUUCGCCGCGCACUCGCUGUCCGACUCCAGCAUCACGGACUUGUACAUUGAAAACACGCCCGUGCAGGCCGUCAGCAUCAACGGCUGCGAUGGCCUGACCGUCACCGAUAUGACCAUUGACAACUCCGCCGGUGACAGCGGUGGCGGCCACAACACUGAUGGCUUCGACAUUGGCUCUAGCAACAAUGUCGAGAUCAAGGGUGCGAAGGUGUACAACCAGGAUGACUGCGUUGCCGUCAACUCUGGUACCCAGAUUACCUUCAGCGGUGGUACUUGCUCUGGAGGCCACGGUCUGUCGAUUGGCAGUGUUGGUGGCCGUGACGACAACACCGUUGACACUGUUACUUUUGAGGACUCGACAGUGACCAAGUCGGACAACGGUAUCCGCAUCAAGGCCAAGUCCGGCGAGUCCGGUGAAAUCAAGGGCGUGACCUACUCCGGCAUCACCCUCGAGUCCAUCAACAAGUACGGUAUCCUCAUCGAACAAAACUACGACGGCGGCGACCUCCACGGAGACCCAACUUCCGACCUUCCCAUCACCGGUCUGACCGUCGAGAACAUCUCUGGCUCCGGCGCUGUCGCCUCGGACGGCCACAACAUCGCCAUUGUCUGCGGCAGCUCUGGCUGCUCUGACUGGACUUGGUCUGGUGUUGAGGUCUCUGGUGGUGAGGACUAUGAUGACUGCCAGAACGUUCCUAGCGUUGCGUCUUGCUCUGCUUAG